CAGUUUCAUCUCUGGUGAAUUCGCGUGAAUAUAUAAAUGCUAAUCACAUUUUUUUAAACCAUAAUCCAGAAAAUGAUUUGGCGGGGUUUCGAACGAGUUUGAGCUGUUUUAUUAUCGCAACAAAAUCGGUACAAUUAAAAUGUUUUGAUAGCAUGAUUUUGACGUUACGUAUAAAGGAAUACAUCAAACGUUUGUAGGUUCAAACUGAGUCCUGAGGUGAAAGCAAAAAGUAAAAAUGACAUUCCGCCAAACAUUUAAUAUUUUGAUUUGUUGUGUUAUGUGUGUUGUGUUGAAUAUUGUGGCCUUAGUGAGUUCAUCAAUGGAUCCGGUAAUUGUGUCAAGGAGCGAUUGGCAUGCCAAACCUCCAAAAUCCAUAGAAGUCAUGGCGAAUCCAGUUCCUUACGUCGUCAUUCACCACAGCUACCUCCCUCCAGCCUGUUUCACCACCGAAGAAUGUAUCAAAGCAAUGCAAUGGAUGCAGGAUCUUCAUCAGAUAAACAACAGCUGGGCGGACAUAGGGUACCACUUCGCUGUGGGAGGUGACGGGAAGGCUUAUGAAGGCAGGGGGUGGUCCAGGGUUGGGGCACAUGCCCCUAAUUAUAACAGUAUCAGUAUUGGAAUCUGUAUCAUUGGAGAUUGGAGAGAAAGACUUCCUCCAGAGUCACAGCUCACAGCUGUACAUCAACUUAUCGAAAUGGGGGUAAGGGAAGGAAAAAUAGCCGAAGAUUACAAAUUAGUGGGUCACAAACAAGUGAGGGAUGGGACUGCUUGCCCAGGAGAGAAGCUUUACAGUUCAAUUCAGUCUUGGCCUCAUUUUUAUAAAGUUCCUAAUCCUCCCCCGCCCAGGGCUCAACCAGCUGUCAUUACAUUGAAAGAAGACAACAGGUUGAAAAAAAGAACUGCUUUAACGGGUAUAAUUUGAACCCGGUUUUUCCAGAAUUUAUUUAUUUUGUCAAUAUACAGAGUUAUUUUUGUG